GCUGGUGUAGAGUUGGUCUCGCCCAGUGAAGAAGUGAUGGACACUGAGGAGAAUGUGGAGGAGGAGCUGGGGGUUCUGGAGGACCAGAGGAGUGUCAUUCUACACCUGCUGUCACAACUUAAACUGGGCAUGGACCUCACACGGGUUGUUUUGCCUACGUUUAUCCUGGAGAAGCGCUCCCUGCUGGAGAUGUACGCCAACUUCAUGGCCCAUCCGGACAUGUUCCUGGCUGUCUCCACGGGAGCGACCCCUGAGGAGCGGAUGGUGCGGUUUGUGGAGUAUUACCUAACCGCCUUCCACGAAGGACGUAAGGGUGCCGUGGCCAAAAAGCCGUAUAACCCCAUCCUGGGGGAAACAUUCCACUGUUCUUGGGAGGUUCCUCGGGACAAAGUGAGACCCCUCAGGACUCAAACACAUUCCGCCGGGCCAGGGGCCACUCAGGAGGCGGCGGAGAUGGGGUCAGGGAGUUAUCGGGUGCGAUUUGUGGCUGAGCAGGUUUCCCAUCAUCCCCCGGUGUCAGCGUUUUACUGCGAGUGCCGAGAGAGAGAGAUGUGCGUGAAUGUUCACGUCUGGACCAAGAGCAAGUUCAUGGGCAUGUCUGUGGGAGUGUCCAUGGUGGGGGAAGGUGUGCUGAGCCUGUUGGAGCAUGGGGAGGAGUAUGUGUUUACUCUGCCAUCUGCUUACGCCCGCUCCAUCCUCACUGUCCCGUGGGUGGAGCUGGGGGGGAAAGUGACCAUCAGCUGCGCUAAGAGCGGAUACUCUGCUACAGUCACCUUCCACACCAAGCCUUUCUACGGGGGAAAAGUGCACAGGGUAACAGCGGAGGUGAAACAGAACUCGACGGGCACCAUCGUGUGCAAGGCUCAGGGCGAGUGGAACGGUACUCUGGAGUUCAGCUACAGCAGCGCAGACACCAAAGUUAUCGACACGACCAAACUGCCCGUCAUAAAGAAGCUGAUCCGGCCAGUGGAGAAGCAGAGCCGGACUGAGUCCAGGCGGCUGUGGCAGCACGUCACCGGUGCGCUGAAAGAGGGCAACAUCGAUGCAGCGACAGAACACAAGCAUCAGCUGGAGGAGGGGCAGCGGGAAGAGGAGAGACAGAGAGCAGACAGUGGGUCACCAUGGAAACCCAAAUACUUCACCAAACAGGGUGAUGGCUGGGUCUACAAUAACCCCUUAUGGAAAACCCAUUGAGCAGUCCCUGGACACUGCCUCUAAAAGCUGGACACACUUCUAACACUGGCAGCCUCAGGUCCACUUCAAACUCUGGAGAGACGAGAGCUGAGCAGGACAACGCAAGAAGACUUGUGGACAAACGGGACCAAACAGAAGAAACAGGCUUUGAAUUAUUAUUGCUGCCUCUUGGCGUUGAUGAACUUUAGAUGAACUUUAAGGUGAGAAAAAAGGUACUAGUUCUUUAUUCUCUACAUACAAUCUAAACUUAGAAACUGUUAUAGUAGACUACUUUUAUAUAACAAUAUUAUACUAUAUAUAUAUACAGUAUGUAGAAUAUAUUCUAUUUUUCACCCAAGCCUUUGGUUUGCAUUCACACCUACCUGUGCAUGGUGCGUCUGAAGUGAUUUUCCAUGUGGUGCUUCUUUCUUUUAUCAUCGACCAUCAAUGCAGAAGCUUCCAAGAGUUUCAUAUCAUAACAACCACCUGGGAAACCCUCAAGUUUUCUCUUCUAAAAGUUUAAUGCGGACCUUCCAGAGAGAUUAGAUCAGUCUCAGUGGUCGCUUCUCUUUUUCCAACCCUGAAAGAACCUUCUGAGAUGAAUGUAUGGCCCAGUGACCCCGUUGGCUAAUUGUAGCAUUGCUAAAGACCCUCAUUCAGUUAGAUGAAAAAUGACCUGCCAUGUCUUCUCAAUCAUUUCUCUUUGAUGCCUGCAUGUAGGUCAGUCCCGAUGACUUGAUCUUUAAUGGGCCUCAACAGGAUGGCAUUGUUAGGAGUAAUUGAGGAGAAAAUGAGAUUUGACUCUGUGUAGUUUAGGGGGAAUGGGUCAGUAUUAUACCUCACCGUUUUCACUCAGAGAUUUAGCAGGUAACGGAUUCAGAUCUUUGGAAACAGACACUCGUUUUUUUAAAGACACUUGUUUCUUAUCACUUUGCACUUUUGUUCACACAGAGGCCUCAACUUUAGUGCCCACUUUACACUUGACUUUGAGGCACUUUCUGUUGGUUUCUAGCUUAAUCAGAUAAUAUGUCUUAAAGGAACAGGUCUCGAAAUGCUAACAGGGCUAAUGAGUAAAAGCCUGCAGCUCCCAGUUAGCAUGAUGUUAAUUAGGGCCUUCCAGCUUUGAGUUUUAAAAGCCAUGUUGGGGUGGAAAGUUGUUUUUUGGUGGAUAUAAUUAGGCUUAUCAAAUGUUCCGGUGGACGAAUGUGGGAACUCACACUCACACAUUUUUAUUGUUUUAGAUAACCGUCAUGGCAAUCACAGUGCGUCUCUAUCGUGUUUUGAAAUGUCCUGACUGUUAUUUGCUACUGCUUGUUAAUCAACUGCUAAUAAAAGAAACAAAUUAAAA